AUCGGCGGGCGGGCGGCGGCCAUAUUAUUAGUGAGGUGUCAGUAUUUUCUUAACGUGACGGGAUUUUUGGGUGUGGAUCGCACAAUUUCCCAUCGUUCCUUGGUCGCGUACAUUAGUGCAAGUGUAAAAGUGCGACCGGUCUACCGUGAAUGUGUGGUACACGUGUCAAAGGAACACCCUCUUACAUAGAGAAAACAAGAUAAUUAACUUAACCGUCCACGUGAGAAGAAAAAAACACAACAGCCACCAUGCCGAAGUCGAUGAACGUCAGGGUGACGACGAUGGACGCCGAGCUGGAGUUUGCUAUCCAGCAGACGACCACCGGCAAACAACUUUUUGAUCAAGUAGUUAAGACAAUUGGUCUACGUGAAGUUUGGUUCUUUGGGCUUCAAUACACCGACAAUAAGGGUGAUCUAACAUGGAUCAAAUUGUACAAAAAGGUGAUGAACCAGGAGGUCAAAAAGGAGACCCCAUUGCAGUUCAAGUUUCGCGCAAAAUUUUAUCCCGAAGAUGUUGCAGAGGAAAUCAUACAGGAUAUUACGCUUCGUCUAUUUUAUCUUCAGGUGAAAAACGCUAUUCUAUCAGAUGAAAUUUACUGCCCACCUGAAACAUCCGUUUUACUAGCAUCUUACGCGGUUCAAGCAAGACACGGUGAUUUCCAAAAAGGAAUGCAUACUCCUGGAUUUUUAGCUAAUGAUCGUUUAUUACCCCAACGUGUUGUCGAUCAACAUAAAAUGAGUAAAGAAGAAUGGGAGAGUUCGAUAACCAAUUGGUGGCAAGAACACCGUGGUAUGUUGAGAGAGGACGCUAUGAUGGAAUACUUGAAGAUUGCUCAGGACUUAGAAAUGUAUGGAGUUAAUUAUUUCGAGAUUCGUAAUAAAAAAGGAACAGAAUUGUGGUUGGGCGUUGAUGCUUUAGGCUUGAAUAUUUACGAAAAGGACGAUAAGCUUACUCCUAAAAUUGGUUUCCCUUGGUCGGAGAUAAGAAAUAUUUCUUUCAACGAAAAGAAAUUUAUUAUUAAACCAAUAGAUAAGAAGGCACCAGACUUUGUCUUCUUUGCUACAAGAGUGAAAAUUAAUAAGAGAAUUUUGGCACUUUGUAUGGGCAAUCAUGAAUUAUAUAUGCGUAGACGUAAACCGGAUACCAUUGAUGUUCAACAAAUGAAGGCUCAAGCCAGAGAGGAAAAAAUCGCCAAGCAACAGCAAAGGGAGAAAUUACAAUUAGAAAUAGCGGCGAGAGAACGCGCAGAAAAGAAACAACAGGAGUACGAAGAAAGGCUAAGAAAUAUGGCCGAGGAAAUGGAUAGGCGACAGGCUGAAUUGAACGAAGCUCAAGAAAUGAUAAGACGUUUGGAAGAACAAUUGAAACAGUUACAAGCUGCUAAGGAGGAAUUGGAAGACCGCCAAAAGGAAUUGACGGCAAUGAUGGAGAAAUUAGAACUUUCUCAUGAAAUGGAAGCAGCAGAACGCGCCAAGUUGGAACAAGAAAUUAGAGCUAAGCAAGAGGAAGUACAACGCAUACAAUCUGAAGUAGAAGCAAAAGAUGCUGAAGCUAGGAGAUUGCAGGAAGAGUUUGAAGCUGCCAAACUUAGGCAAGAGGAAGCGGAUCGUGCUUUCCAAGCUAAUACGACUCCUCAUCAUCAUCACGUAGAAGAAAAUGAGGAAGGAGAGGAAGAAGGUGAAGAUGAGGUUCCUCAUGGUGAUGUUACUAAAGAUCUUGCUACGGACGAAUCAAUAAUUGAUCCAGUUGAAGAAAGACGUACUUUAGCUGAAAGAAAUGAACGUCUCAACGAUCAAUUGAAGGCAUUGAAGCAAGAUCUAGCACAAUCACGAGACGAAACUAAGGAAACUGUCAUGGAUAAAAUCCACAGGGAAAAUGUUCGUCAAGGACGUGACAAAUAUAAAACGCUUCGUGAAAUUCGUAAGGGAAAUACCAAACGUCGUGUCGAUCAAUUUGAGAAUAUGUAAAAUAUGUGCAUAUAUUUAUCAGCACCCCCGGAAAUGCAUUUUUAUUAUCUCAUUUUUUUGAAUUUCAUCCGUUCCGUAUCUUAUUAUACGGAAUAAUAUUAUUAUUGCACAUGAAAUACAGAGAGAGAGAGAGAGAGAGAGAGAGAGAGAAAAAGAAAGAGAGAAAG